AGCCGGCCCCGCCGCCGCCGCUGCGCCAUGGCCGCCGCGCACCCCGCCGCCGCCGCGCCCGCCGCCCCCAACCCGCCGCCCCCCGCGCCCGCCGGCAUCCUCAUCGGAGACCGCCUCUACUCCGAGGUGUCGCUCACCAUCGACCACUCGCUGAUCCCCGAGGAGCGGCUCUCGCCCACCCCCUCCAUGCAGGACGGGCUGGACCUGCAGUGCGAGACCGACCUGCGCAUCCUGGGCUGCGAGCUCAUCCAGGCGGCCGGCAUCCUGCUGCGGCUGCCGCAGGUGGCCAUGGCGACCGGGCAGGUGCUGUUCCAUCGCUUCUUCUACUCCAAGUCCUUCGUCAAGCACAGCUUUGAGAUUGUUGCCAUGGCCUGCAUCAAUCUCGCGUCCAAAAUCGAGGAGGCGCCUCGUCGGAUAAGGGACGUGAUCAACGUGUUCCAUCACUUGAGACAGCUAAGAGCAAAAAGGACUCCAAGCCCCCUGAUACUUGAUCAGAACUACAUAAACACCAAAAAUCAAGUAAUCAAAGCAGAAAGGAGGGUACUGAAGGAGUUGGGAUUUUGUGUUCAUGUCAAGCAUCCUCAUAAGAUCAUUGUUAUGUAUUUACAAGUCCUAGAAUGUGAACGUAAUCAAACCCUGGUACAGACAGCCUGGAAUUACAUGAACGACAGCCUUCGGACAAACGUGUUUGUUCGCUUUCAGCCCGAGACCAUCGCGUGUGCUUGCAUUUACCUGGCUGCCAGGGCCCUGCAGAUUCCGCUGCCCACUCGCCCUCACUGGUUCCUGCUCUUUGGCACCACGGAAGAGGAGAUUCAGGAGAUCUGCCUGACCACUCUCAAGCUUUAUACCAGAAAAAAGCCCAAUUAUGAGUUUCUGGAUAAAGAAGUAGAAAAGAGGAAAAUGGCACUGCAGGAAGCUAAACUGAAGGCAAAAGGUUUAAAUCCAGAUGGAACUCCAGCACUCUCAACACUGGGUGGCUUUUCUCCUGCAUCAAAACCAUCUUCCCCGAGAGAAGUAAAAGCUGAAGAGAAAUCACCUGUGUCUGUGAAUACCAAAACCAUUAAAAAGGAGCCAGAGGAGAGGCAGCAAACCUCCAAGAGCCCUUACAAUGGCUUGAGAAAAGAAAGCAAGAGAAGUCGAAGCAGCAGGAGCGGCAGCCGGUCCCGGUCGAGGACAAAGUCUCGGUCUCGCUCGCACUCGCCGAGGCGGCACUACAACAACCGGCGCAGCCUGUCGGGCACCUACAGCUCGCGGUCGCGGAGCCGCUCGCGCAGCCACAGCGGGAGCCCCCGGCGGCACCACAACCACGGCUCCCCGCACCUCAAGGCCAAGCACGGCCGCGAGGAGCUCAAGGGUGCCAACAGACACGGCCACAAGCGGAAAAGAUCCCGCUCCCGCUCCCAGAGCAAGUCCAGGGAUCACUCGGACACCGCCAAGAAGCACCGGCAUGAGCGGAGCCACCACCGGGAGCGGCGCGAGCGCUCCCGCUCCUUCGAGCGCUCCCACAAGGGGAAGCACCACGGCAGCGGCCGCUCGGGGCACGGGCGGCACCGGCGCUGAGCCCCCCGGCACAGAACUGUGGGACUGCACAGCCCCUGCCAGGUUUGGAGCGACUUGGGCCCCGGGGCUCCUUUGCCAAGAGGGGCGGAAGACUUUUGUUUGUUUUUUGUUUUGGGACAGGAACUGUUACCAACUUUUUGCACAUAAUACCUUAGCAGUAUCCAAGGGGUGGAAAACCAUGAUCAGGUUCGUUGUAUGUAUUAGAGCUGUGUAUUGUUUAUUGAGCUGAGAACUGGAGACAGGAUUUCUGUAAAAAAGCAAAACGUACCUUAUUUUUAUACCAGUCAAUUGCAGACGCUUAUAUUUAAGUAUAGUUAUUUGUUUAAACAAUGGUGGAGACUUUCUUACACUGGUUUUAGUCUGCAUGUGUUAAAAGAUUUUUACGAAAAAUAAAAUAUAAAGCUUUUUUUUUUUUUUUACUGCCUGUUGGAUGCCAAAUGUGUUGGAACUAAACUUACUUUUCUUACACACCCUGGCCUUGAGCGCUGUGCCUGAGUGGGACAUGGUGGGUAAACUGGGAAAGCUUUAGGUGUUUGUCCUUCCCAGGGAGGCUGGGCAGCAGUUGGAAUAAAUGACCGUGGACCUCUCUGAAGUUCAGUGGGAUGAGCCAGGGAUGAGUGUCCUGCUCUGUCAGCUGCCCUGGGAGUUUGGGGUGUCCCUGUCCCUCUCAGCUCUGUGGAGCAGAGGGCAGGAGCUGCGUCAGCUGUUCCAAAGGCCUGGAGGGAUCGGGUUUGGGGUUUUAUUUCCCAUCUUUCAUUGCAGUGGCAGGAUGCUGGCAGGGGAAGGAGGGAUCCUCUUGCAGGUGAAGUGCUGACACAGCUUUCAGCUGAGCAGGGCCACCCCUGCAAGGGUCAUGCUGACACAGCUUGGGAAGCUCAGACACAUUCCCUGUGCUGCACUGAAAGCAGGAGCUGCUGGGAGCUCCUCACUGUGUCCAGCUGCUGGAGCUGUGUCCUGGGGUGGGACAGCUCCAGUGCCAGGGAAAGGAGAGAGGGAAGGGGUGAGGAGGAACUGGGUCUGAUUCCUACAGCUGCUGCUCAGGUGGUACCAAGACCUGAAACGCACAGUGGUGAGGAGUUUGCUGUCCUUGCUGACCCAGAGUCCAGCAUGGAAAGACCUUUUCCCUCCCUAAAUGCCUCUCCACUUCCCUGCCGAGGGUGACCUGGCUGGAAUGUCAAGCUGCAGAGCCCAGGUGGGGGCAGGUCUGGCCCCUGGGACUGUGGGAGCAGUGCCAGCCUGGGUGCCCACACCCUGCAGGCCUCAAAUAGGAGAGGGAAACCGGCUGAGCAGAACCUUCCUGAGCUGGGGCUUUCCUGCCCCGUGUCCUGCUGGGCCCCGGCUGCAGCUGCGCCCUGGAAAUGCAAAAGUGAAUGUGUAUUUCUGAAAGGGAGAAGACAAAAUGUCUUCUCUGUUUCUUGGUUACCACCGUGGGUUUUUAAUCUGUAAUAACUGUGUCUUGUGUGUGUUGCUUUCAGGAAAAUACAUUUGUUGCCAUGGCAACGAGAGUAGCUUUUCCCCCAGAUCCCAGUGCUCGGAUAGUGGAGGGCAACAGUGGAAUCCCAGGGCUGCAGGAGCAGCAGGAUUGCCUGGAGCUCCCUUGGACUGGGGGUUUGGGUGUGGGGGUGACACUGGGGGCUCAGCUCUGUGUGUGUGAGCACUAACAACCCUCUGUGCUUCCAGUGCUGGGCAGAGAUGGACCUGCAACGUGGAGCUGGAACAGCUGGAGAUGAACAGCCACACACCAUCUGCUCACUGACAGGCAACGAGAGGUUUGCUGUUCUCUCCAUGGGGAAAAAACUCUCCAGCCAGUGGUGGAUGAAGUGAUGCAUGGUGGCCUCAGCCACCCAAGAGCUCUGCCAGCCGUGGGCUCUGGGCUUGGUGGUUGCUGAGGUAAAAGCAGCAGGACUUUCCCAACGCCACGAGUUCCAGGUCAGAGCUGUCAGGAGGAGGAGCCCACUGUGGGUGAGCUGGGAGUCACUGCCUGGGCCCCUUGCUCGUGGGCUCUGUGGGGGGAGAACUCUGGCAGGGUGAUGGUCCUGAGUGGCUGCAGCCCUUUAAUGCCCCUGUUCCUGCAGGACUUGUCAAGGCCUGCUGGGCUCGACAGCCAGAAAUCUCAGUGUGACAGUCACUGUCUCUGCCGAGCCUUUGAAGGGCCGUGUGUGUUCCCUGAGCUCUAAUCACUAAAAUGAAUCCCCUGAGAGGGCUGGUUGGCUUCAAUCACACUGACCCCCAGCGUCCCUCGGGGCUGCACUCACCUCUCUCAGUGGCUGACAGGGAUUUUUCUUUGUUAUCUUUAAAUUCCUCGGUGUCUUCUACGUUCUUGGGUCACUAAGGGGAACCUCCAGCAGCACAAACACCUCUGACAUCCAAAAUCCUCCAAGCAGCAGGAGGGCCUCACCACAGCUCCUGCCUGGAGCCCCCAGCUCUGCUUCCCUGCAGACCCAGGCAGGGGGAAUAAACACUGAUGGAUGUGUUUGAGAAGUGAGACAGAGCUUCGAGUGCCCAGCACUGACCUUUGGUGUCUCACUGCCCCGAUUGUCACCUGCAGGGGCUUUGUCCUGCCCAGUGCAGCAGUGGAGUGUGCAGGUGAAGCACCAGGAAUUAACAUUUUGGUCCUUCCUGUCCAUCUUCCCCAGGAUUUUCAUGGGUGGUGUCUCCUGGGCUGUCACAGCAGGCAGAGGUGGCUCAGGCUGAGCCUCCAGCCCAGAUGGUCACGGGCAAAUGUUGGCUGAGCACUGGCAGAGUGGAGCCCUCCUGGGAAUGGCAGCUGGGGGAGGCAGGAAUGGGAGCUGUGUCUCACCCUGAGGCACAGUCCCCUGGCUGGGAUGGAUCCAGGAAAACCAGCUCCAACAGCACCUGACUGCGAGCCUCGAGCUGCCCGUGGGAGCUGCAAUCCAGAGGGAAAGGGGAGCAGGAUGCUUUGUCACAAGCCUUGGAAGGAUGAACCUGGACCAGGAGCUUUGGAUGGUUUGGGAAGGAAAAAAAAGAACAACAUAAGGAUAUUCCUGAUGGGAAUUGGCCCAAGAGGUCCCUGUCAGGGCUUUGGCCACCCCCAAACCCCACAGGACUCCUCGUGGGUUCCCUUGGCAACAGCGAAGCCAACACGGGGAUAACAGCCUGGGAACACAAAGGCAGCACUGACACCCUUCCCCUCAGCAGCCAAGGACGAGAGCUGGUGACAGUGACCUUGGGACAGGCCAGCUCGAUGGGAAGGUGUCCCCAGCCAACCUUUCAAUGCCCCAGGCACACGUGGUUCUUUGCUGGGAAGUUGCCGGUGAUUGAAGUGACCCCUCGCUCCUGGUAACUCCAAACAAACACUGCGGCUCGUGCGGCGCUGCCCGUGCUCAGGAAGCAGCUGGAGGGAUGGAGGGACGAGGCUGGGAUGGAUUCCCAUAAAAGCCACUCCAUCCCUGGAUGGGGAAGAGCAGCUGGAACCCAAACACAGCCCGGGGGGCCUCACCCCACCUUCUGCUGCCAAGGAAGAGCUGCUCAUCCAUGGGCAUGGGAAAAGGGGAGUAAAGGGAGAGCAGCGCACGGGUUACGGGGCCUGGAGGGACAGGACACAGGGAAUGGCUUCCCACUGCCAGAGGGGAGGGUCAGGUGGGAUAUUGGGAAGGAAUUCCUGGCUGGGAGGGUGGUGAGGCCCUGGCACAGGCUGCCCAGAGAAGCUGUGCCUGCCCCAUCCCUGGGAGUGCCCAAGGCCAGGUUGGAUGGAGCUUGGACCAGCCUGGAUAGGGGAAGGUGUCCCUGCCUGUGGAAUGAGCUUUAAGGUCCCUCCCACCCAAACCAGUCUGUGACUGCAAUUCUGUGAAUUUCAAAAUACAUUAAAUGUGUUUUGGGAAUAGGAGGAUCCCCAAAAGAAACCAUUCCCUGUAAAUUUCUGGGUUUGAGGAAGCAGCAAGCCCAGGUUUUAGAGGCAAAAAGGACUCAUUGUUCUGACAGCUGGAAAUCAACUGAUUUUUAGAAGAUAUAAAAAUGUGCUCAGGGCUUAUCGUGAGCUGGGAGCAGCUCACAGGGCAAUGCCAGAUGCUCCUUUUUCCACCACACAAAUUUUAUUUCUGGUGUCAAAAUCUCUUCAACAUUAAUCUCUGGCAGGGCCCUUUUCAUUAUCCCAUCCCAAUUCAUUUGUGCUCUGCUGGGAGGAUGAAAGCCCCACAUUAGUGCUCAGUCUAUUAAUUUAUAGUUCUCUCCCUGUUACAGCUGCUUUUGGAGUUUAUUCUUCCUCCAGCAGGACACACUGAACCACCUGUAACCAGCAAAGAUGAAAUCCAAUGGAUUUCCAUGAUGUAAAUAAGCCUCCAUUUAAAAAAAAAUAAAAUUAAAGGGGGGGUGUCUCAGAAAUUUCCCCAAUUUCAUUCUUCUGCUCUUUUUUUCAGUAUUAAAAACACACAGUGCAAAGGAAGUCAGUCUGUCUUUUAUUUUGGUUAAUAUAUUUUAAUGAUAUGUGGCAUCAACUGGCUCCAGUUUCUAUUUCAUGCACUUUUGAUGCUGCUGAGAAAAAUUAAGAUGCUUUUUUUCCUGCAGUCUAAUUUCUUCUUUUGUGGAAAAACUCCACCUGCAAGGCACAGGCUGGAUCCCAGAUCCUACAACACCUCAGAGCAAGGGCUCUUCGUCAUCUUUAAUCCACGAGGCACAUCAGCACUUUGGUUUGUGAUUUCCCAGUGGGAAUGAAAGCUGGACACACAUGGGAAGCACAUCUGUGGUAAGUGAUAAUCUAAUUUCCUAUUGAAGGGGCAGCAGGACCAGCCAUGGGCUGGACUCUUUCUGUGGAGAACAUUAAAUUCUGGGCAACUUUCAGUGGAAAACUGUCCCCCAUGAGGCCCUGACUGACUGCUUGAAAUCCCACUGCUCCCUCUUGUCCUGGCACUUGUUAUCUGGGAGAAGAGACUGAUCCCACCCAGCUCCACCCUCCUGGGAGCUUUAAUAGGGAUGGGUUUGGCCCCAAGAGAGGUUUGGCCAAGCCAUGGGUGAGGUUUGGUGCCACACAGAGCCCCAGACCAGCCCCACCGACCCUGCCCAGAGGAACCAGGCCUGGCACGGUGGGAUUAACCCUUCAGGGAAAGGUUUAGGGCUGGAGGAACUGCUGUUCCACAUCAGGCAACAGCACCAGCUCUGACAGGGGCAGAGAGAAGCCUGUCCAUCGGGGAAGGACACAACACCCUGGUGCCAUGGGAUGUUUUCUCCAAGGGAAGGGCUGGAAUGCUGCCACGGCCCCGGGGGCAGAUCUGUUCCAAGCCUGGAGAUUUGUUUAGUGCUCCCUCAUGCCAGGAGUCCUGGAGUGCAAGGUCUCUGACACCACUCCUGUGAGAAAUAUUCCCUGCAGGAAGCUCGAUUUCCUAAAAAUCCAGUGCUGUGAUGAGGUGUCCACAUGCUCAGGGCACUUUGUGCUGCUGCCUUUAACCCCGGGACAAAACCAGCCUGUAACCUCUCCCUGACAUGGAGACAUUCAUGGAGCUGGUUUUACAGGCCAGUCCAAGAGCUUUCCUGACAUUUCUGUGUUUUGCUCAUUGCUGAGCAGCAGGAGCUCUGGCUUCCUGGGAGGGAGGGGGAGAAAGGAAAUAUUUGUUCUCCACUUGGUUUGGAUCCAGGGCUCAGACCUUCCCUCAUGUUCCAAACAUUGUCCUGUGUCUCUCCCCUCACUUUCCGUGCUGAUCCUCUCUGGCCACACGGACUUUACUACGGCUGCUGCCACAGGACAGAAACAGGGAGCUGGUGGAUGAGAGCCUGGAUUUUAAAUCAUGGAAUCACAGACUGGCUUUGGCUGGAAGGAGCUUAGAGCUCAUCUCAUUCCACCCCCUGCCAUGGGGAGGGACACCUUCCACUAGCCCAGGCUGCUCCAACCCCCAUCCAACUUGGAUUCUAUGAGGAUUGGCCAUCAUUCCCUGCCCUUUGGCAGGGGGUUGGAACUGGAUGAGCUUUAAGGUCUCUUCCAGCCCAGACCUUCUGGGAUUCCAUGGUUUUAAUUCCACCUCUGAAGAUGUGCCCCUCUUGGAGAGACUCUUCUGUUACUUUUCUCCUCUUGGAAGGUAAACAGCAUUUCAUUACACGAUUAAUAACCCAUGGACAAACCAACGUUAUUGCAACAAAAAUAAAUAAGAAUUUAACUGAA